UUGGCUUCAUGCUAGUCUCCACAUUAUGUUGGGCACACAAGCAAAGAACUCUGAAACAAAUUAGGGAAAGAAAUUUUGAGCAAAAUGGAGGAAACAUGCUGCUACAAAGACUUUCACAACAACAAGGAUACACUGACAGAACCAAAAUAUUUACACAAGUUGAGCUUCAAAAUGCCACAAACAACUUUGAUGAAGAUAGAAUCCUUGGUCGUGGGGGGCAAGGCACAGUUUAUAAGGGUGUAUUACCUGACAACAUGCUAAUUGCUAUUAAGAAGUCCAAAGUAGGAGGGGAUCCUAGACAAAUUAAGGAUUUUAUCAAUGAAGUGGUUGUGCUUUCCCAAAUCAAUCAUCGGAAUGUGGAGAAACUUUUGGGGUGUUGUCUUGAAACCGAUGUUCCUUUGUUAGUCUAUGAGUUUGUGGAUAAUGGCACCCUUCUUGACCACAUUGACCCAUUAAAGAAUGAAUGCUCUAUUUCAUGGGAGACUAGAUUAAAGAUAGCUGUAGAAACUGCUGAAGCCAUUUCAUAUUUGCAUUCUGCAACUUCUAUUCCAAUUAUUCAUCGAGAUAUAAAAUCUACCAACAUAUUACUAGACCACAAUCAUAGAGCAAAGGUGUCAGACUUCGGUGCUUCAAGACUUGUCCCUCUUGAUGAAACUCAAGUUACCACGAUGGUGCAAGGAACACUUGGAUACUUGGAUCCAGAGUAUCUCCACACUGGUUAGUUAAAUGAAAAGAGUGAUGUUUAUAGCUUUGGGGUUGUGCUAGUAGAGCUACUUACGGGAAACAAAGCAGUUGAAUUUAGUAGACUAGAACAACGAAAUUUGGCUAUAUACUUUGAGUCUUCCUUAAAAAGAGACCGUCUAUGGGAAACUCUUGAUAGGAGAUUGUUAGAUCAGAAGAAGAAUGCUAAACAGUUGAAAGAAGUUGCUUUUCUGGCAAUGAGAUGUGUUAAAGUUAAUGGAGAGGAAAGACCGACUAUGAAGGAAGUAGCAAUGGAAUUAGAGGGCUUGAUUGCUAUGGAAAGGCAUCCUUGG